UAUAAAUACAAUUAUAGUCAUGAUCAUGUUAAAAUACAAUUAUUAUACUUAAAUAAAUAUGAUAAAUGUAUAUUCAAUUGAUAAAUUUAUAAAUUUUAUUUUCAUAAAUAUAAAUUAUUUAUUUUAAAAAUAUAAUAUGAUGAUAAAACAGCUUAAAAUGAGCAAACCAUAUAAUACAUGUCAAAAAAUAAACAUAUCUUGGACUUUUGUAUAUACAAUAAUAUAUUAUUUAAAAUGAAUAAGCAUAAAAUAUUAGUAAAAGGAAAUACAACUUUGAAACACGGGCCAGAAUUUAGUAUAAAUUAAAUACAAAAUAAUUUUCAAAUAUAUUUUCUCAUGAAUAUAUUAUUAAUUUGCUUAAUAACUAAAUGCAAAUGCAAUAAGAUAAAUAUAUAAUAAAAACGAAAAUACAUACGGUUUUAAACAAUUGAUUAAUUAUAACAUGUAAAUUAUAAAAUUAUUGUAUUUGAAAUAUUUAUAUAAACAUUUAAAUAUAUAAUUAACAUUAAAAAUAUAUACCACUGAUGUUUAAAAACAAUAAUUUAUGUAUAGAAAAUUGAAAACAAACAUCUGCAUGGUUUCGCGGAUCAAAAUCUAGUUGGAACUAAGACAAACGGACUUGAACACUAUAUGUCGUGAGUCUCGUGUCUUUGUAAUUAUAUUGGUUAGUUUAUACAAAGACUAUUCGAAGUGGAUUCUGAUGACCAUUAAAGAUCAGACAAAUCCUUUUUGGGCUGGUUCACAGAUCUGAUUUCAGAAUAGAACAUAAUUUCGGAUGAUACAGAAGCGCAGUACGCUGGAGAUACAAGCAGCAAGCGCGGUGGCUGGAUAACUUUACCGUUCAUGAUGGCUACAUUGUUAGGUAUGUCCAUAACUUCUUUCGGAUGGGUACUGAACUUGAUCGUCUUCUUGAUCGAGGAAUUCAACAUCAAGAACAUCGCUGCUGCUCAGAUUUCAAACAUUGUCAAUGGAUGCCUCAGCAUGCUGCCACUUGUAGCAGCCAUUUUAGCUGAUUCUUUCUUUGGAAACAUUGUCGUCAUCUCGGCUUCUACUUUUAUCUCGCUGACUGGCAUUCUUCUCCUGACGCUGAUCGCAUAUUUGGACUUAUUGAAACCUAGACCGUGUGAAACCGGAUCAAAUCUAUGUCAGUCUCCAUCGGAACUCCAGCUUGGGAUCUUGUAUACAGCCUUAGUUCUAGUAACCAGUGGAGCAGGUGGGACACGGUUCACCUUGGCAUCCGCGGGUGCAAACCAAUACGAGAAACCUAAGGAUCAAGGAAGCUUCUUCAACUGGUACUUUCUCACACUAUAUGCUGGGGCUAUUACCGGGGCAACAGCGAUUGUAUACACACAGGACAAUGCUAGCUGGAAACUUGGGUUUGGCCUCUGCGCUGCUGCAAAUUUGGUAAGUUUCAUUGUUUUCCUCUGCGGGAAGAGAGUCUACAAGCAUGAGAAACCCAUGGGAAGUCCUUUCAAAAGCCUGAUCAGUGUUGUAGUCGCUGCUACACUGAAAAGAAAGGCUGUCAUUUCAUCCAACGAAGAAGACUAUCACCGUGGCCUUGGAGAAAAAGACAAGACUUCUCCUGCACUGCCCUCCAAGAGCUAUAGGUUCUUGAAUCGUGCAGCCUUGAAAACCGAAGAAGAUUUAAAUCAUAAAGACGGCCCAGUUAACAACAUCUGGAGGCUAUGCACUGUUCAGGAAGUAGAAGAUUUCAAAGCCAUUCUCCGACUUGUUCCUCUGUGGGUAUCCAUAAUAUUUGUUGGUACUCCAAUAGCGAUGCAAACAAGCUUAAUAGUACUCCAAGCUCUAGUCAUGGACCGUGGGCUUGGUCCUCACUUCAAAGUCCCGGCUGGCUCCCUCCAAGUCGUAAUAAUGAUCUCUGCAUCCACCUUUAUCAUAAUGAACAACUGGCUUGUCUAUCCCAUGUACCAGAAGAUUACCAAGAAGCGGCUAACACCGCUUCAAAAAGUCGGGAUAGGCCAGGUGUUCACCAUCCUAAGCAUGGUAGUCUCUGCGGUUGUGGAAGCAAAGAGGCUGAAAUCAGUUGAAAACAACGGACAUCCCAUGUCAGUGCUAUGGCUGUUUCCUCCUCUAGUUAUAGUGGGGAUAGGCGAGGCCUUCCAUUUUCCGGGAAAUACUGAAUUGUUCUAUGGAGAAUUCCCAGAGUCUCUGAGGAACACUGCAACUUCAUUGACCUCACUGGUGAUUGGAAUCUCUUUCUAUCUGAGCACAGCUCUGAUAGAUCUGAUCCAAAGGACCACCAAGUGGUUACCAAAUGACAUUAACAGCGGAAGAGUUGACAAUGUUUACUGGGUUCUAGUCGUUGCCGGAGUCUUGAAUUUCGGAUAUUUUCUCGUCUGCUCUUGGUUCUACAAAUACAGAAAUCUCGGAGGUGACAAUGAACUAGAUCCUAAAGAUGUUUCAACCUAAGACAGACAACAUGUAGCAUGCUCUUGUUUAACUUAUGUGUCUGUUAUUUGCAAGUGUGUUUUUGUUUAAUCAAACUGAUGUCUUCAGUUUUAUCUAAUUUGUUGCAUGCUCCUUUUUCCCGUGUUUACUAUCCCUGAUGUUUUGUAUAUUUUUAGCUAAGAUGUAUAAAAAUAUUUCAAUUAGAA